UGUGCCUCUGGCUUGUUGGGUUGUAUCUGUACGUCGUAUACUUUUUUUUUUCUUUUCUUUCUUUUUUUUUUAACAGGUUUUGACUUCUUGAGUAAUGAAUUUAUCAACGGGGAUGAGAGCCAGAGGAACCUUGUCUCUAGCCUCUAGCCCCUGGUAGACAAGCAGCUAGGAUUGCUGGUUUUCACCCAGGCCACCCAGGUCCAAUUCCUGGGCAGAGAACUAAGCCACCGUUCACGGCUGACUCUCUCCGAGAACGUCUGAUGCUGAGACCCAGGAUUUCAAGCAGAUCUGAGCCUCCUCGAUUCUCUAGGAUGUUGUGUCAGGAUGUCCACCAAUUUGGCCAGAAGCUGAUCCGCAGGCGGCCGCUGGAGCCCAGGGAGGAGUCUGAGAGUGGCAGGGCCCACUGUCUGAACACCAUAGACCUGACAGCCCUGGGUGUGAGCGGUACCCUAGGAGCUGGUGUCUACAUCGUGGUUGGAGAAGUGGCUGUGUAUGAGGCUGGACCAGCGAUCGUCAUCUGCUUCUUGCUGGCUGGCCUGUCGACUCUUUUGUCCGGGCUCUGCUACGCGGAGUUGGUGGCCUGGGUACCACGCUCAGGUUCUGCGUAUCUCUACAGCUACGUCACUAUGGGUCAGCUGUGCGCCUUCAUCAUUGGCUGGAACCUCAUCCUGUCCUUUGUUGUCGGCACUGCCAGUGAGGCCAGGGCCUGGAGCCUCACCUUUGACAGCCUCAUUGGGAACCACAUCUCUCAGGCGUUCCAGGGAACUUUCUCUACGUAUAUGCCCUACUUCCUGGCCUGGUACCCAGACUUUUUUGCCCUGGGCCUGGUGCUGCUGCUCACAGGACUACUGGUUCUGGGACUUCAUGAAUCAGUCAUGCUUAACAAAGUGUUUGCAGGCUUGAACAUUUCUGGUCUCAUCUUCAUCAUCAUCUCUGGCUUCAUUAUGGGAGACCUGCACAACUGGAAGCUCACAGAACAAGACUACACAUUGAACACAUCUGAAUCCACUGACACCUCUAGCUUGGGACCUCUGGGUGCUGGAGGGUUUAUACCUUUUGGCAUUGAAGGGAUUCUCCAGGGAGCAGCAACAUGCAUCUAUGCCUUUGUUGGUUUUGAUGUCAUUGCUACUACAGGGGUAGAAGCCAGAAAUCCUCAGCGUUCCAUCCCCAUUAGCAUCAUGAUCACAAUCUUGAUCUGCUUUUUGAUGUAUAUUGGUGUCUCGGCGGCACUCACCCUCCUGGUGCCCUACUACCAGAUUCACCCUGGGAGCCUCCUGCCGCAGGCUUUCCUUGAUGUUGGGUGGAGGCAUCUAAGAUAUGUCCUGGCUGCUAUCACCAUCUGUGCUCUUUCAUCCAGCCUCCUGGGCACCAUGUUCUUUAUGCCUCGUGUGAUCUAUACAAUGGCAGAGGAUGGGCUCCUUUUCAGGAGACUUGCCGAAAUCCAUGCCCGCACACGAACUGCCAUCUGGACCAUCUUGGCUUCUGGAAGUCUUGCAGCGGUCAUGGCACUACUCUUUGAGCUCACUGAUCUUGUGGACCUCAUGUCAAUUGGGACCCUACUCGCUUACUCCUUGGUGGCCUUUUCUGUGCUUGUCCUCAGGUAUCAACCAGAACAGAAUUUAAGCCAGAAUGAGACAGCAGAAGAGGAAAUAGAUAUUUUUCAGUUGGAAGCAAGGCCUUUACAAUCUGUACCUGAAGCAGAAAAUUCAAGGAUUCUGAAGACUCUGUGGUUCCCUUCCAGCACUAUCCCCACUCGGAAAUCUGGGCAGAUUGUCUAUGGAUGUGCCUUCCUGCUUGUUCUCCUGCUGACCAUCCUGAGCCUGAUCCUGGCCCUGUUGACCAGCCAGGUGUUCUCUGGACUCCCAGUGUACACGACAGUGGCUGUGCUGCUGCUGCUCAUCACUGGGGUCAUGGCCAUCAUCUGGAGGCAGCCCCAGAACCCCUCUCCUCUUCACUGCAAGGUCCUUUGUUGGCCCAUCCUCCCACUGGUGAGCAUCUUUGUGAACGUUUACUUGAUGAUGCUGAUGAACACUAGGACCUGGGUCCAGUUUGGCCUCUGGAUGGGGAUUGGAUCUGUCAUAUACUUUGGAUAUGGUAUCCGACACAGCCUGGGGGAGAACAAUGAUCAACAGCCUCCGGCCUCCAAUCCCCAAAUGCUUGAUGGAAACAUCCCUGGUGAUUAAUCUUCUUAACCACAGGACAUAGAUACUGUGCGGAAUUCCUCCAGACUCAGAAGUCUCUUUCGGUUCAAGUGGCACUUUGAGCCUCUGUGGAGCCUGAAGGUGAAAUGCAUUUACAGCUAUGUGCUUAUUGCCAGCAGAUAAAAUGACUUUACUGUUGAAUAAUUUCGAAGUAAACUUUUCAAAGCAAAAUAUAUAUUCAGAAAAGCACAUGCUUCAUAAGUGAGCCUCAAGGUGAAUUUCCACAAAGAAAGUACAACAAAAUAACCAUCAACCAGAGAAAGUACUAAAAUAUUAAUGGGUAUAUAAGAAGCACCUUCUUGUGUCUGUUUCCACUGAAAAUGCAGAGAUUGUGACCUGGGAAGGAAAUGUAGGUAAGUAUAUUUUCUGCCCAGGGUUAUACUUUAAACAUUAAGACAUAAAUAAGUUGGAAGUAAAAGGAGGGGAACAAACACUCUGUACAAACAGUGACACAAGAAUGCUAGGGCAGAUAUCUUAUUAUAGAACAAAGUAGAGUUUAAGAAAAAGAGAAUAACAGAUAAAAUAGAUCAUUGAGUAAUGGUAAAGGGAAAUGCUCAUUUUAAUCUCUUCCCCCAGCUUAUUGAGAUGUAGUGUAACAUCGUCCAAAUGAUCAUUUCUCUUUACUCUUCUGUGGUAGAACGUUAGAGUUAUACAACAGAGUUGAUGAGAAAAAGUUCUUAAUUGAAAAAACAACAAGGACACCUGCAUUGCUAGAGGGAAGGAAAUGGGAUGGGAAGUAAUAAUUGGCUGAUGAAUGCUUACAGUGGGUGAAACUAAAAGAUGGGAAAUGAACCUGGAGAAACAAGAUGAAAAGUGGUUGCUGCAGAACAGAAUGCUUGAAACUGAGAUCAUGGACUUUCAUGAUGUUGGUGAUAAUGAUAUAGAGGGUUGUUUGUGGGAAUGAACAACUGAAGUAGAGUAAAAGGGGGACGGAAGUCAAGAAACUAAACAGCAAAAUUAUCAGAUGGAUUAAAGAAUAA